AUGUGUUGACAUCAGACCGACACGAUUGCCACACAUGAUCUUGAUUCUCGAACUCAAGAUCAUUAAGACAAGAUGCUGAGUAGGAAUAUCUCUAUAUUCUCCACUAUUACUAUUUGAUACCAUAUAUAUUUGAGAGUUAAGCAGGUAUAACACUCAAGUAAAAUUGGAAAAGAAAGAAAGCAAGAGAAAAAGAAAGCGCAAACCAGAACAGUAGCAAAUUAAAACCAGAUUAUAUUUGAUCAAGCCGACGAAACUGAACAACAACUCCGGUAAGUAAGGGAGAGAUGGCGGAUGACGUGGGGUGCUGUGGGACAGAGUUCUCGUUGUAUGUGGUGGUAAUAGUGGGGCUGGUGGCAUUUGCUGGUCUGAUGGCAGGUUUAACGCUUGGUCUCAUGUCUUUAGGUUUAGUCGACCUUGAAGUACUUAAGAAGUCUGGUCGUCCUCAAGAUCGUAUCUACGCCUCCAAAAUAUUGCCAGUUGUAAAGAACCAGCAUCUUCUGCUAUGCACUCUUUUGAUGGGAAAUUCUCUAGCUAUGGAGGUAAGGUCUAUUUCUUUUAAAAGAAAAAGGAAAUUAAUUCAAAAGUUAAUUACUUGUCUCUCUGAUUUUGUCAUUCAGGCCCUUCCCAUAUUCUUGGACAAGAUUGUGCCUCCUUGGGCUGCAAUUUUGAUAUCAGUUACUCUCAUUCUGAUGUUUGGAGAGAUAUUGCCACAAGCAGUCUGUACUCGUUAUGGCUUGAAAGUUGGAGCAACAAUGGCACCCUUUGUCAGACUUCUUGUUAUGCUGUUCUUCCCCGUUUCUUAUCCAAUUAGUAAGGUUCUGGAUUGGAUGUUGGGCAAGGGACAUGCUGUCCUUUUGCGGAGAGCAGAGCUCAAAACUUUUGUUAAUUUUCAUGGUAAUGAGGCACAGAAAGGUGGGGAUUUGACUCAUGAUGAGACUACUAUAAUUGCUGGAGCACUUGAAUUGACUGAAAAGACAGCAAAAGAUGCCAUGACUCCCAUAUCGAAGGCAUUUUCCCUUGAUCUGGAUGCAACUCUUAAUUUGGACACAAUGAAUGCAAUAAUGACAAUGGGUCAUAGUAGAGUCCCAGUUUAUGCAGGGAAUCCAAAUAAUAUAAUUGGGCUUAUUCUGGUUAAAAAUCUUCUGGCAGUUAAUCUAGAAGAUGCAGUUCCACUACGAAAAAUGAUCAUAAGGAAAAUUCCUCGGGUUUCAGAAGACAUGCCUCUAUAUGAUAUUCUAAAUGAAUUUCAGAAGGGCCACAGCCACCUUGCUGCUGUAUAUAAAGAUUUAGAUCCAAAAAUAGAGACACCGCAGAAAUGUAAAGAGGGUCAGCUGUUUGAAUUCAAGGAUAGCUGCAGGAAGCAGAGAGGCACAGAGACAUCAUCCAAGAAAGAUGAUAAUGUGAAUGAGUCAACUGCUGCUACCCAGAAAAUGAAGGUUGGAUUGGAUUUGCAUGAUUCUCAGACUUCUAUAUGGAAGAAUGAUGAAGGUCAACAAAAAAAGAAGUCUCCACCAGCUACUCCUGCCUUUAAGAAGCGACACAAAGGUUGUUCAUAUUGCAUUCUGGACGUUGAGAAUUCCCCGAUUCCAGAAUUCCCAUCCAAUGAAGAAGUAGUUGGGGUAAUUACCAUGGAGGAUGUGAUCGAAGAGCUUCUUCAGGAGGAAAUAUUAGAUGAAACUGAUGAAUAUGUCAAUAUCCACAACAGGAUAAGGAUCAACAUGCAUGCAUCUCAAGAAAAGGCUUCUAAUGCAAUAUCACAACCUUCCGUCACUGAUACCUUUACUGCAACACCGGCAUCCACAUUAUCAACAGGUCCAACACCAACUCUUUCCAUCUCAUCUACCACCUCAUUGGCUGGCUCACCAACCACUGUAAAUCAAGGUUCUGAAGGGGACUUGCUGAAGAUUCAAUGAUCAGUUCAGUGAGCUUUGCUCAUCAUAUUGAAUAUCUAACAUAUAUCACGUUACGAGUAGGUAGAUAGGGAUUAAUUUAAUUGAUAAACUCGGCAUGUUUCAUGGAUGAACUGUAAUUACAUAGACUUUGUUUGCUAAAAAGGUUAAAAAAUAUAUUAUUAUCAUGUAAGAAUUCAAUUA